AUGGUAUAUGUUGACAUGAAUGUGCGCCCAACAGCUCGGGUUUCAGUAGGCGAAGUGCAGCGAUUGGGCUACGCAAUUGUGUGCGUUAAUGUGGACUGCGAAAUCAACAAAAAGCCUGAUCCCGCGGCAAUGCUGCCAGAUUUGCCACAAGUAGCGCAGAAGGAUAAGAGCAAAAAGUCUGCAAAGAGAGCUCAGAAGUAUACAGCUGUACUGGACAGUGGUCUAAAGUUGAUAGAUGGGAAAUUCUCUGAUGAUAAGGAGCUGACGAGGCAGCGCAAACGCAUCACGCUAAAGCUGGAGGAAAUGUCGGACGCACAAAAAUUGAUGACAUCGGAUGUGGUUAAAGAUUACGAUGUUGUAGCCGCCGAAGCUUUGACUCCUAAGGUGUUUCAGUACUUGUGUGAGCAAGCCGACAUUGAUCUCAUCACGUUUGACGUUACUAACCGGCUUCCUUUUCAGCUGAAACGGCCAUGGAUCACCACCGCUAUGAAGCGUGGUCUUUACUUCGAGAUUACAUACACACCUUGUCUGGGUGAUACUGCUGGACGUCGCUAUUUUUUUUCUAAUGCAAGCAAUCUAGUACGGCUCACGAAUGGCAAAAAUCUGGUGUUAUCUAGCGCUGCGGCUCGCGAUAUUCUACUCCGUUCACCUUACGAUGUCUUAAACAUUGGCCUUUUGAUUGGACUGAAAUAUGGUCAAGCUCUGGACGCCAUAUCCACAUCUUGCCUAGCUGUUCUAGAACACGCAGACAAACGCAGAGGAAUUCUAGGAAGCGUUCAGACAUUGAGUAUUAGUCGAAAUGACGCCCUUCAAUUCCAAACAUCUAAAUCUGUUCCAUUAAUUUUGUGGAGUCCCCAUCGCUGUUUAUUGUCGAUUGACAUCUCAUAA